AUGGUCAAGCAGCUAGGUCUCCCAACUUUCUUCAUGACUCUCAGUUGUGAUGACUUGAGAUGGAAUGAAUUGAUAUCUAUCAUAGCUCAGCUGAAGGGAGAAAAUAUGACUGAUGAUGAUAUAGACAAUAUGUCUCUAAAUCAGCAUUUCGACUUCAAUUUAAUACAGUUGAAGAAAGAAACCAGAGUAGUGUGUUUUUCGCCUGAAAAACGAAAGUUAUUCUCAGAAAUCAGUACCAGUGAAAAUGGAUCAGGAUGUGAAAUAAAGAAAUAUAAAAGAGGUAAUGGUGACGACAUCAUUAUAAAUGACUGGUCAUCAGUAAAGAAGGCUAAACUUUCUUUCACUGCACCGAUAAUAGCCAAGAAGUAUCUUACCAUUGCCCAGAUCAACAAUGAAUGUUCCUUGUAUGAUUUGGUGAACACUGAGGCAUGUCUUUACAAUUUAUCCAACGAAAAGUUAGUUGAAAAAGAUGGUAUAACAAUUCGUUUGAAACAAGCCAGCAUCAACGACAAGACUAAUAUUAUCCCCAUUACAAUAUUUGGCGACCUUGUUGACAAGGUUGAAGACAAAACUGUCUAUUGUUUUGGAAAUCUUCGGGUUUCCAAAUAUCAAUAA